GUCUACAAACAACAUAUGCGUUCACUUUCGUAUCGGGAGCACACUGCGUCUGAUUGUAUGACACGUAAAACAUGCCUCUUCCAACAAGCCAUGACAACAUCAGUGAUGUCACAGUUCAGUGCCUUGGAUGUGGCUCACACUAUUCCCGUGCAACUUCCCCUGUUCUUCUGCCGUGUCUACAUACUGUCUGCAAACCUUGCCUGGAACGCUCUGAUAGGCCAGGCAACACCAAGUGUCAUUCCUGUGAAAACGAGAUUGCUGGAAAGAGAAUAGUGGAGAAGACUGAAGGUCCUACGAUAGACUAUUCUACUGUCCAAGCUGCCCUAUUGUUGGAUCUGAAGAGGUCCCAGGGAAUCGUUGACUGUGAUGACUGUCCGCAGCUAAACAAGGCUACAUCACGAUGCCUGUCUUGUCGCAUGUAUAUGUGUGAUACUUGUAGGAUGUAUCAUUUGCGUUAUUCAAGAUAUUUCGCUGAAGCACACAAAGUGAUUUCACUGGUUGAGCUGUUAAAAAGGCCCGAUUCCAUCUUUAACGACAGGCUGCUAUGUCAAUCUCACUGGCUGGAGCAAACACUUUACUGUAAAAGAUGUGAUGUAACAGUUUGCUCGUCAUGCUGUCUUGGGAACCAUGCCAAACAUGCUAUAGAUGAAAUUAGCUCUCACUAUGAUGAAUCCUUACGAAAUGUGUCUGAGAAAUGUGAACAAAUAAACAAUGACGUUCAUAAGAUUAAUACUUAUCAAAAGCUUUUACUCAGGCAGGGCAGCACAUGUUUUUCGCAAAGUGACAGUGCAACUGAUGUGAUUGAAGCUACUGUUAAAUUGGUAUUGAGAGCUUUGGAACAACGCAAAGAACUCCUAUUGCGGCACCUGCAUAUGGACGUUAAUGAACAUCUUCAGGUGGUUGGAAGGAAGAAAGCUGUACUUAAGUCGAGGUUACAGGCUGCAAGGAUUACCUUAAGAAAGAGCGAGACAGUGUUAGAUAUGUGUUCACCUGACAAGUUCCUUGCAACACACGAUGCCAUCAAGUCCAGGUUAAACUCCUUGACGUCCCAGUCGCCGUUGAAGUAUAACAUGAGAAGUUUUGACAUGCGGCUUUCAGGUCUUAAUGACACGGAGCUAUUGCUACAGGAAAUGUGUACUGUGGAAGAGAGACUAAAAGUGCCCCAGACAAGAAAUAAGUCAAUUAUGUCUGGAGCCGUUUCUGAUGAGCAAAGAAAACAGAACAGCAGAUCUUUUCAGAAUCUUAUGUUGAUAUGAGGCCAAAGAUAAGGGAAUUGACAAACCAAGAUGAAUCAGUGGGACCUGAGAAUUUGAAUUUCAUCUGUAAGCUACGUUCCUCACGAUAUACUACAUUACCAUUAACUGAUAACAUGUGGUGGCGACAAACAUGCUCUUUGGACAAAGGCAGUUAUCAGGUUUGAUAGUGUAAAUGAAGACCAUAUUGAUAACACUGGGUUAAUAGAAGGAGUGUAGUAGUGAUGUGAUCUCAUAUGCUAAUGGCUGAACACGACCUGAAAUAGAGCAGUUCCCCUUCAAGCAUUCGUUUUCAGGGUUUUGUCUCAAGCAUGUCCAUGUCGUCAUAAUGCAUAUUGUGUUACAUUUGUGACAAUAAAAAUACUAUCUUCCUAUGUUUUGUUUGCAAAUUGUAAGCAUUAUACGUGUGUUAUAGAAAUAACAUGUUUCCGACUAUUCUUCUU